AUGUGGCAGGCAGAAGGCGCAAGCGCUCGAAGCAGCGAGUGCGUGCACUCUAUUUCCGAUAAGGGAAUCCAAAAUACUCUGCAGCAACAUGGGGUCGGACACCUCAAACUGAAUGUUGAGCAUAAAAUUUUUAACAUUUCAUGGCCUGUGGCAUCAAUAUUUACAGGCGGCUUCAAUGGUCCACCAGAGUUUCAAAGUUAUGCAACGAAAAUCUUGGGUGCGAUCCCUCGUUUAGCUUCUGCAUUUGCUCGCACACCGGCGAUUAUCUGUACAUCAUAUCAAGAGACUGCCUGCGGUACAACAAUCCAUAAGGCUGUUUUGGAGGAGCGAUUCAAGCUAUUUAUUGCGGUGCUUUCCACCGAUGGGCUCUUUAUCAUUUAUUUGCUGAUCGGAGAAAAAACAGCCCUUCAUGAAAACACGGCCAAGGUUCCCAUUUCUAGGCCCGUUAUUUCUGACAUCGCAUGGGACAUUCAAUCAAAAACGGGCUCUUUGCUUUUAAUCCUGUGCAAGGACAGCUACUUGAGCAGCGAAGAGAAAUUGGAAAUUUUGAUUCCUCAUCCUGACGACAUCGAUGAUUCCACGUGUGCAGUCACUUGUGCGAACUUUCGUUGCACGGCUGGAAUUACCCUGUGGGAUGACGAGCCCCAGAAGUUGCUUCUUCCCCCUUUGGUUGAAUCACUGCACGAGGAGGGAGACGCUGGCCUGUCCCAUCUUGCCGGCAACGGAGAUCCCAGCCUUUUUGCCUCUGUUUUCAUUUGCAGGAACGGCGGGUCGAUUCAGCGCAUAUACCCAACCUCAGAAAGUAUUGAAAACUAUGCCUCCUCUUUGAAUUGCGAAACGAUCCGCUUGCAGCAGACAUCUUCUAUUGUCGAUAUCCGGUUUUUCCCAACGUCCAUUUCAGACGGCGACGAAUUGAAAAUUAUCGGCUGCAGCAUCCUUGACGCGGAAAAACAGCUUUUCAUUUACGGAUUGUUGAGAAGGUCGCCUUUGACCGUUGACAUCCAAUCGAAAGUGGACAUAAAAUCCACAUUGCCUUCUUCUUCUUCUUGUUGUUCCUCUUCAUCGUCAUCGUCAUCGUCAUCGUCAUCGUCAUCAUGGCCCUCCGUUUCAUUGCCGGUGUCCGCUUUUAGCUGUCAAUUUGCUUGGGGACCCUUUUUGUUCUUGUUGCUAAAAGACUCCAUUUAUUCUGUCAAUUUAUGCGGGCCCGAUUUGCUUCGCAAGGUCGUUUCGUGGAAUUCUCCACCGUGGCUAGAUGAAAAAUCAAACUGGACAUUUAUUCCGCCAAGUAGGCUGCUGCGGCAUACUGAGCCGAUCGAGUUUCUAAUCAAAGGAGGGCCCUCUUUUGAGCUGUUACAGUUAGAUCCGCAUUUAAAAACGUCCCUUCCGCUUUGUUCUCUUUCGUCAAAACUACCUUGUUGGAAAUCGCUGCUUCAUAUUGCUUCGUUCAAGUCUCCGUUGGAGAGUUUCCCAUUUGCCCAAACGGCCAGGGAAAUGGUGAGAAAGAUUGAACAUUCAGUGGAGCAACAGGCGAGGCUUUUGGCGAACAUGCUGGAGCAAAAGAGCUCGGUCCAAUCCUUGCUGGAGAUAUUCAAGUUCUGGAGAGCAGAUGUCUUUCCAUUGCUAGUGGACGUUGGAGAAACACUCCACAACCGGAGCACAAUUGUGAAGCAAGAAUACGAGCGGCAAUCGCUGAUUUUGGAUUCCAUUUGCACAAAGAAAGGCGCCCUGAACUUGAGAGACAGGAUCACAUCGAUCUGUUCGGGAUUAUUCGAACUGAAAAAGAGAAUGGACUCCAUUGUGGCGCUCUCAUUAACCGACAAUGUGGAUAGUAAAGACAGAUUCCUCAAUGCAUCGCAAAGCCUCUCAAGGGAUUUCAUAGUGCAAUAUCAGGCAAAAUACGAAGAGCUGGAAAGCAAGCUUUGCCGGCUGAGCGGGCUUUUACAUCAAAAAAUCACGUCUCUACAUGUCAAGGAACAGCGCGACGUUCCUCUUCAUAUUUUAUUUGACGAACUAGGGCUGUCCGAAAGGUACCUUUUUGGAAACUUUAAUGGCCAUUUGUAG